GAAGAAUAUGAAAGAAAAAAAAAAAGAUUCAGAGAUGUCGACUCGCCGUUUUCUUUAUUUUUGGGGACUCCAUGAGAGAGAUUGGUGGUUGGUAGUGAGGAUGCUAAAUGAUGACGGGGAUGAUGAUAGCGGUGCUGGUAGUUGACGAUUUCAAUCAUCAUGGUCGUCGUCUCUUCGUUGCUCCGAUGCUUCAUAUGAAGAUAAAGAUAAGGGGGAGGAGCCGCUACCAACCGGAGACAAGGGGCAGGCCCUACUUUUCUGGAAACCCCAAGUCGACCAUCUUCCCUCCUUUAUCUUUUUCUCCUCCCAAGCGGCAGAUAUUACUACCAUUUGUGGAAAAUCCUGCGGUUUGUGGUGCCUAGUUCUGUUGGAUUUUCCCGGAUUUUUUCUGGGCUUUCAGCAGUCCAACUGGUGGUUUUCCAGAGGAGGUAGACAGUUGGAGUCCCUCUUGGUUGGCAGAGUACUCGGGUUCCGGUUCGUUCCGACGGGAGGGAGAUGGGGAGAUGCGGAGCCGCUUCUUUUUCUCAUUAUGCUGGCCUGAUUGGCUUUCUUCUGUGUUCCGCGAUUAUGGUCGAAGCACAGACUGGUAAUUGCGCUUGGGAUAUCAACACCAUCGCUCCUUCGUUAAAUUCCUCUGGGUGGACUUGCAGAUCAGUUUGGAAUUCCUUCAAUCUUGGAUAUACUCUUGUUCAAGGCAACAUUUUGAGCAUUAUACUGUCAGCUCAGUAUACGAGUGGGUGGGUCGGCAUGGGAUUCUCUAAAGAUGGAAUGAUGGUUGGCUCUAGCGCAAUGGUUGGAUGGAUAGAUUCACAAAAUAAAGCAAACAUCAAGCAGUUUUACCUUGGUGCACAAAGCAGUACACAAGUUGUUGCUGAUCAGGGUAACCUGCAAUUCACUGACUUCACACCAUCAGUUGUUCCUCAAGGGACCAAUAUAUACCUCAUAUUUCAAUUGAAUUUUUCUGCUCCUGUCACAAGAAAGAACCUUUUAUUUGCUGUUGGGAGUGAUACUCCUAUUCAGAACACAUUGACUCAACAUUCUGAUAAGAUCUCGAUCUCGUUGGACUUCUCUGCAGGUACCUUAUCUGCCUCGUCUUAUCCCAGCCAACUGAAGAGGAGCCACGGAAUUUUGGCUAUACUCGGGUGGGGGGUGCUUCUCCCUAUAGGAGUUAUAAUUGCAAGAUACUGUAAAAAGUGGGACCCUCUCUGGUAUUACCUUCAUGCUGCAAUUCAAUGUCUAGGAUUUACUAUUGGGCUGGCAACUGUGAUAGCGGGUGGUGUGCUGUAUCAAAAGUUGAAGGUCAAUAUUCCCACACACAGAGGCAUAGGGAUAUUUGUCUUUGUGCUUUCUGUUCUUCAGGUAACAGCCAUCUUCCUACGACCACACAAAGAUGCCAAGAUCCGGAAGUACUGGAACUGGUAUCACCAUUGGGUUGGACGAACUGCACUUUUGCUUGCUGCUGCCAAUAUCUUCAUCGGAAUUCAUGUUGGAAAACCAGGAAAGAGUUGGAAAAUUGGCUAUGGAUUCAAUCUCGCUUUUUUGUUUCUAGCAGUUAUUUUUCUUGAGGUCAUCCUAUGGAUCAGACGGUUCAAGAAGUCUUCUGGAUCUCCAACACCUCAAAUGCAUCCAGUCUAAGCUGCAUGGACUGUUGAUUUGAUUGUCAAAUUAAAUUUUGAUGUACACACAGUGAUAUACAUUGCAGAUGUUAAUUUUAGCUUUCCCAUAUCUGCCUUAGUAUUAAUUCUGUAUUGUUUUCCAUAACUCUCAUGUAGAUUGAUAUAUGUUUUAAGAAAUGGGAGGAGCUACCAUCCUUGUUUGUCUUU